AUGGCCCCCAAGAGAGUAUUGAUCACCUACGGUGUUGACGUCGAUGCUGUUGCCGGUUGGCUCGGUUCCUAUGGGGGUGAAGAUUCGACAAACGACAUUAGCCGAGGAUACUGGGCUGGGACUGUGGGUACACGAAGGCUUCUAAAGCUCUUUGACAAGUAUCAGAUCAAGACAACAUGGUUCAUUCCUGGUCAUUCACUGGAGACCUUUCCCGAAGACAUGGCAGCAGUCCGCGAUGCGGGGCAUGAAAUUGGACUGCACGGUUAUUCGCAUGAAAACCCAACAGACAUGACUAUUGAGCAGCAGCGGGAUGUCCUAGACAAGACAUAUCGCAUGCUGACUGAGUUCACCGGUAAACCACCACGGGGAAGUGUCGCGCCUUGGUGGGAGACCAGCAAAGAAGGCGCCCAAUUACUCCUUGACUACGGCAUUGAAUAUGAUCACAGCAUGAGUCACGAGGAUUGUCAGGCGUACUAUCUUCGUGCAGGUGACACGUGGACCAAGAUUGACUACACUCAAAAGGCAGAAACCUGGAUGAAGCCACUGGAGCACGGCACGCAGACUGGUCUGGUGGAGAUCCCAUCCAAUUGGUACAUUGAUGAUCUGCCACCCAUGAUGUUCAUCAAGAACGCCCCGAACAGUCAUGGCUUUGUCAACGCCCGAGACGUGGAGGACAUCUGGCGCGAUCACUUUGACUAUUUCUACCGCGAGUAUGACGAGUUUAUUUUUCCAAUUACUAUUCAUCCGGAUGUGUCGGGAAGACCACAUGUCCUUUUGAUGCAUGAGCGCCUCAUUGAGCAUUUCAAGAAGCACGAGGGCGUUGAAUUCGUGACAAUGGAGCAAGUUUGUGACGAGUUCAAGAAGAAGAACCCUGUCCCGGAGGGCGCUUUGAUGCCUGCGCCCGUUGGUCAGAUGCUCAAGAAGUAG